UGAAGGGAUUGAGUCCAAAUUUGAAGAUGUGUUCUUGUUGUCAGCUGUGGACUCUGUAAUGGUACGACCUCUAUGAGUAGCAGUAGCUUUGGCUCUCAUUGGACUUGCGAAAGCCCAUCCCCAGUUUCUGUUCCCCAUCUUAUGAUUAUGAUGAUGAUCAACCGUUGAUGAUGUUGUUGAUGAUGUUGUAGAUGAUGAUGUCAUGAUCAUAAACCCACCAAAGAUGCCACCACAUUUGACCAUUUCACUCAUUGCAUCUGCUGCUUCACCACCACCACCAUUACUAAUGACCUUAGUGGCUUCUCUCUGUGACUCAAUCCUUCUCAAGGCACAAUCACCAAACCCAUUAGAGAUCCUCUCAAAGAAAUCACCAGAGAAGCUUCUACUACCACAACCAACAGAUCUAGAUCUCAACACUUUCCUCCCAAACGACGAACCACCACCACCACCUAUACCAUUCGUUGGCGUUUCUGAAACCACUUUGUUAGGACUCUCAUCUUCUUCCUCAACUAUCACAUCAAUGCCUCCACCACCACCGACCCUCAUGGAAGAAAUAAGAUUCGCAGAAGAAGACGAAGAGGAAGAAGAAGAAGAUGAAGAAGAAGCUGCGAGCAUGUUCUUCUUCUUCUUAGCCAGAAGAAACGGGAGAUUGUUGUUGUUAGUGGAGUCUCUGCCAUUGCUUGCCGAUGAGAGAGACAGAGCGAGAGAGGUCGUGGAAGGAGUGAAGGAUUUAGGAGAAGAAGAAGAGAGAUGGUUGGGUUUAGGAACAGGGAAAGAGGAAGUGACGAGCUUACCAAGCUUUUCCUGGAGACAUAAAGCACAGAUCCCACCUGGGUUCUUUGUGUAAGGAUGUGUAAUGCAUUGCAUACCUUCUCCCAUGUCUUGUUGAUCUUUGAGCUCCACCAUUGUAAUAAAGAAGGAAACAAGAAGA